GUAAUUUCAGGCUUAAAUUCGUUUCUUCUGAAGUCUUCCCUUCCUCUCUUCUAAAGCAUUUCAGAGGUAUAAUAACAAUAACAAGGAUCUGAUUCGAGCUCUCUCUCAUGGCAUCGGCAAUCUCUGAGAGAGUAGAGCUCGCUAAGUUCUGCAGCUCCCGGGACUGGUCCAAGGCCAUUCGCGUUCUAGAUUACCUUCUUACACACUCCUGCCAUAUCCAAGACAUCUGUAAUCGGGCCUUUUGCUAUAGUCAAUUGGACCUCCAUAAGCACGUUAUCAAGGACUGUGAUAAAGCUCUUCACCUCGACCCGACCCUUCUUCAAGCCUACAUUCUUAAAGGCCGUGCAUUUUCUUCUUUGGGUAAGAAAGAAGAUGCUUUGUUGGUAUGGGAGCAAGGCUAUGAUUAUGCUCUUCGUCAGUCAACAGAUUUGAAGCAGCUGUUGGAACUUGAGGAGCUUCUGAAAGAUGGAAGACAACAUUUAUCUCAUGACGAAAAUACUACUGAAGCAGAUAAAUCUGUGCAUACAAUUCAAGUUGAUAAUGUUGUUCCUUGUGAAUUAAUGGAUGCCCCUGUUGAUAAUAACAAGCUUCUUGGAACCACAUUCGGGCAGGACUUAAAUGGCAUAUCUGAGAUCCACAAAAAACAAAAUGGUGAAUGGAAGAUGGAUUAUAAAUCAGGUAGCAACGUGCAGAAGGACAAAAUAUUAGAUACACGAACAAAUGGAAAUUAUGAUAGCCAACCAACGGGGAUAGGCAACUUGCAUGUUAAAUUAAAUGAUAAUUCUGGUUUGCACAAUGUAUCUGACGAUUCAUACAGCAAAUCGAUCGAUCCUGGGACUUACAGUAAGUCAAAUGAUAGAUCUGAAAUGUUCUAUGGAUUACUCGAUGAAGUGAAGAAUGAUACUAAGUUCCCCGUGACUAGAAUUGCGAAGACUAAAACAUUUAAUGUGGAUCUAAGGUUAUCAAGAGGAAUUGAACAGGUGAAUGAAGGAAGAUAUGUUCAUGCCAUCUCUAUCUUUGAUCAGAUAUUAGAGGAAUAUCCUACUUAUCCCGAGGCCUUGAUAGGUAGAGGUACUGCAUAUGCAUUUACGAGAGAAUUAGAUGCUGCUAUUGCUGAUUUCACCAGGGCUGUUAAAUCAAAUCCAUCAGCUGGCGAGGCAUGGAAAAGGAGAGGUCAAGCUAGAGCUGCCUUAGGAGAAUAUGAGCUGGCCAUUGCAGACUUGACAAAUGCAUUACAAUUUGAGCCAAACUUGGCAGACGUAUUGCAUGAAAGAGGUAUUGUCAACUUCAAGUUUAAGGAUUUUGAUGCCGCUGUGAAAGAUCUAUCUGCAUGUAUAAAGCUUGAUAAAGAUAAUAAAUCUGCUUAUACUUAUUUGGGUUUGGCAUUGUCUUCUACGGGUGAAUAUUUGAGAGCGGAGGAGGCACAUAAGAAAUCUAUUCAACUUGAUAAAAAAUUUCUUGAAGCAUGGGGUCAUCUAACUCAGUUUUAUCAAGAGUUGGCAAAUCCAGGGAAGGCUCUUGAAUGCCUUCUGCAUGUUCUUGAAAUUAAUAAUAGCUAUGCCAAGGCCUAUUAUGUACGGGGACUACUAUUGCAUGGGAUGGGAGAUCACAGGAAUGCUAUCAAGGAUUUAACAGCUGGGUUAUCCCUUGAAAGCUCAAAUAUUGAGUGUUUGUAUCUGCGAGCUUCAUGCCACCAUGCCAUUGGAGAAUUCAAAGAAGCGGUGAAAGAUUACGAUAAUACAUUGGAUUUGGAGCUGGACUCUAUGGACAAGUUUGUGCUUCAGUGCCUUGCCUUCUAUCAGAAAGAAAUUGCACUAUACACUGCUUCCAGGAUCAACAGUGGACUCUCCUGGUUUGAUAUAGACAGAGACAUUGAUCCUCUCUUCAAGGAGUAUUGGUGCAAAAGGUUACACCCCAAAAAUGUCUGCGAAAAGGUUUACCGCCAACCUCCUCUGCGAGAUUCUCUGAAAAAGGUCAAGCUAAGAAAACAAGAUUUUAAUAUGACAAAGCAGAAGUCUACUUUACUUGAGGCUGCGGAUUCCAUAGGCAAAAGGAUCCAAUAUAGUUGUCCUGGAUUUUUGCCUAACAGACGUCAGCACCGAAUGGCUGGAUUGGCUGCUAUCGAGAUAGCACAGAAAGUGACAAAAGCUUGGCGUUCUUUGCAAACUGAAUGGAGGCAUUCUAACAAAAGUACGUCCAAACAGGGUAAGAAAACCAGGAGAAAGGACAAAAUGAAUAUGCCUAACCACAACAGAGGUGGUGCUUGUUGCAGUACCAACAGUCCUCCAGAAGCAUCAACUUCAUAUGGAGGCAUGGAAGAGAGAUCUACCAUCUGGACUAUGAUGUCAUGGCAUGAUAUUUAUUCAGUGGCUGUUAAAUGGAGACAAAUCUCUGAACCUUGUGAUCCAGUUGUUUGGGUUAACAAAUUAAGUAUCAAAGAGUUCAAGGCUGGAUUUGGAUCUCAUACACCACUUAUCCUUGGCCAAGAAAAAGUAGUUCGAUACUUCCCGAAUUUCCAAAAAACAUUGAAAGCUGCAAAGGAAGUCAUUAAGACAUCGAAAUAUGCACACAGCAAGAGUGAUAAGAAAAUCGAUUUAUCUGAAGAUGGAAAACUUCAUGAUAUCAUGGCUGCUGAGUCCUGCAAUGAUAUUUAUAGAAUAAUUGGUGAAGACUUCUGGUUAGCUACUUGGUGUAAGAGUACAGCCUUUGAAGGGAAAUAUCUUGAAGGCACGAGGAUCACUCUUCUCAAAAUGGAACAUGGAUUCAACUUUGCAAUUAGAACACCUUGUGUGCCUUCUAGAUGGGAUGAUUUUGAUGCAGAGAUGGCAGCGGCAUGGGAUGCUGUGUCCAAUGCUUACUGUGGGGAAGUAUAUGGAAGUAGUGACCUGAGUGUUCUUGAAUAUGUGAAAGAUGCAAUCCUGAGGAUGACAUAUUACUGGUAUAACUUUAUGCCACUUUCGAGAGGGUCUGCGGUUGUUGGGUUUACGGUUUUGCUUGGACUAUUUCUUGCUGCUAAUAUGGAGUUCAAUGGAAGCAUACCAGAAGGUGUUCAGGUAGAUUGGGAAGCCAUAUUGAACUUUGAACCUAACACCUUUGUAGAUUCUGUAAAGACUUGGUUGUAUCCGAAUCUCAAGCAUACCAAUUCGUUGAAAGAUUAUCCAGAUGUCGCCUCCACUUUCGAGACAACAGGGUCUGUUAUUGCUGCUCUCAGUUCCCAUUACAAUUGAAAUGUGAAUUAAUUUUAAGUGGAUGUUCAAAUUAUUUUAAAGCAUGUGGAAUUAGCUCAAAAUCAUUGUAGAUGGUAUUGUAUAAUGUUUGUAUAACAUUUGCUGUAUUUUAUACUCUCUUUUUUUGUUGGAAAAGCUUUGGAUUUUUAUUUUUAA